CGUAAUCCAGUCGACUACCAAAAGAAGGAGGAAGGGGUGUGGUGUGUGCUGCUUAUGUAGACAUAAGUAGUAUAUGACGUGAGUACUGAACAGAAUGUCCGGCAGCAGAGAGACGAGAAGAUCGAACAAUAAAGAAUGAAAUAAGAAUUCAAUUUGUAUGAAAAUGCAAGAACAAAGUAACUAGCGACUGGUUUCAAGAGACACUUUUUGGAGUUCUAGUGAGAAGCCGUGACCAGUUGAGUUCAAUCAGGUCUAUUGUGAAAUAUUAGCUCACUGAACAUAAUGGUGUACGGUGGCAGACGUAAAGCAAGGAUUGGUAAAACAAUGUCUGCAUUCUUACAGUUGAAGUACAUUUGGAACUCAAAACAACUGUCAGCCAAUAUCAAAGUCAUAGUCUUCAAUAUGAGUGUCAAGGCAGUUAUAUUGUAAGGAAAUGAAGCCUCGAGAACUACAACAACCAUCAUCAAAAAGAUACAAGUAUUUAUAAACAAUUGUAUAUAAGAGAUACUCAAUAUCCGUUGUUGGUCGGAUAUCAUCAGCAUCAACCUACUGUAAGAGAGAACAAACCAACUUCCAACUGAGGAGGGAAUUAGAAAAAGAUGCUUAAGGUGGGUAACAUACACAUUGAGGAAAUCACCAAACUGUAUCACGAGACUAGCGAUAACUUGAAAUCCUGAAGAGAAACGGAGGAGAUGAAGGUCAAAGGACACACUGUUUCAGGAAUUGGAAUCAGACAUGAGAAGAAUAAAUAGCAACUGAAAACACCUGGGAAGGAUUGUCCAUGAGAAGUUUGGAUGAAAAAUGUUGGUGGGUGACUUAAGCUUCUCCAUGAAGGGUAACAGGGGUAAGUGAUAGAACCAAACACCAUCCUUACUUUCAUAUGACAACUCAAACAAUACAACUCAAUAUCGUUUCCUGGAGAACCAGACACCGCUCAGAUUUGAACUUUAUAACCUGAAUAAUACGGUUCAAUCCCACUUCACAGGAGUACUAGACAUCGUGAAGGUUUUAACGUUACAAACUGAAUAGUACAGCUCAAUCACAUUUCACAGGAGUACCAGACAUCGUGUAGGUUUUAACGCUACAAUUUGAAUAAUACAACUCAAUAUUGUGUCACAACCACUCAGUUACCAAUCACUCUAGUGAACUAGAAUAACAAAUAUUAUAUUACAUAGAUUACAACAGAAUAUUAAAUGCUAUUCAUAAUUGAUUUUCUUAGAUCUAAUUUCAAUCCUAUCAUAAAUAUAUUUAUCAUAUUAUAUACUUUCAUUUGAUUGGUUCAUUAUAAUCAACCAAUCAAAUCUUUUCACAAUUUUUAAUUUAAUAAUCAAUUCAUUUGAUCAUCAUCACAAUCAUCACAAUCAUCAUCAUCAUCAUCAUCAUCACUAUUAUUAACAUGAUUUGUUUAAAUUACUGAUUAUACAUAAAUUCAUUUUUAAAUUUACUAAUUCAUCAAUUAAAUGUUGAGUAGAUUUUAUAAUAAUCACUAUCUAUUUGAUUGAUUGAUUUAUUGAUUUAUUGAUCGAUUAAUUAAUUAAAAUGAACUAUGAGUAAUUAUCAGUACAUGAUUUCAUUUAUUAAAACACACAUAUAUAUAUAUAUAUAUAUAAAACAAUGAAUAAAUGCAGUUUGAAUCUGUUCAAUCUAUUCAAUUAUCAAUAUAUACAUAUUGAAUAUAUAAUUUGUAAUAAAUAGAUGUAUGUUAUUAAUUGAUAUGUCUCACUCUCGCUCACUCUCACUCUCACUGUCACUCUCACACACACACGCACUCUCUUUCUCUCGCCAUAGAUACAAUUUUUAUAAAACAAUAUAUAAACUUAUAUAAGAAAAAAGAAAAAAAAAUAUUAUUCAAUGAAAUAAAUAGAAAUAAAUUGUUGUUGUUGUUUUUUUGUUUGUUUUAUUUAAAUACAUCAAUCAUUGAAUAAUAAAAAAAAAGAAAAAUAAAGAAAAUAAAUAAAAAAAAAUAAUUAUUUUAUAAAUUCAAACAAAAUUAUAAUAUAAAGAAAAAGGAUUUCUAUUAUUGAUUUCAAUAAUUGGAUAUUAUUAAAAUAAUAAAAGAAAAAAAAAGAUAUUUAGAAUUCUAAGUGAUAUUCAACAUCAGAAUAGAAACAGAUUUGACAAACAUGAAUAAUACAGUUAAUUUGAUCAAAUCAGUGAACUUAACACAUUCAGAUCAUGCAGAUGAAAAUGUUGAAAUUUGUAUAAAUCGUAAGCAUAGAAGUUCGGACAGUUUCAACAAUGAAGAUCAUGGACCAAGUGAAAUGAAACGUCAAUGUUUAUUAUCUGUUCACAGUCCAAAUAAUGUUAAUGAUAAUAUAAAAACAAAACAUAAAUUUAAAUAUUGGCUUGUAUUUACUGUGGUAACAGCUGGUAAACAAGGUAUUGAAUUAGGAUCUGAUCAAACACCACUUAUUCAAUUUAAUGGGAUAUUAGGUGAUUUUUUUGAGAAUAAGAUUAUUGAUCGGAUCAACAUUUUUAUUCGCCCAGAAAACUUGAUACGAAUUCAACGAUCUUCUAUCGAUCUAAUCAAUAAUCCAUUUCAAUUUCAAUCAAAUAUUAAUAAUAAUAAUAUUAAUAAUAAUAAUAAUAAUAAUAAUAAUAAUAAUAAUGAAUUAAAAUCAGAUUAUUAUGUUAUUUCAUAUUGGAAUAAUUAUAAUCAUAAAAACAAUGAGUUAUCCCCUAGUAAUACAGGGAAAUUAAUUCAUUCCAUUGAAUCCAUAAGAAAUGAUAUGAAUAUUUCUAUAGAAGCAUUAGAAGCUGCUAAUUUACAGGUUAAUUCAAAUGAUCAAAUACAUAGUAUAAACUUUAAAGAAUCAAUAAUUCAAAUUUCUCAAUGGUUAAAAGAUCAUGGAGUAUUCGAUGAUCUAUUACCAAUGGACAAGUCUAAUAUCUUACUUAUCGCAGAAAAUCAUCAAUCUAUACGAAAUGUAAUACAUGCUGAAGCUGCCUAUCGUAAUAUAGAUCAUGAAUUGAUAAAUUGUUCACCUUGGUCAAUAUAUAUAGAUUUAGUUGAAUUUUGUCAACAAUCUCUCUUCCACUUCAAUAAUUCUAAUGAUGAUGAUCAAAAUGUUCGUAGCAAAGGAAUCACUGAACAAAAGGAAUAUAAAGAACAUCAUCUCCAUAGUAUCUUUGAAGCUGCUCGUGCAUUGGAGAUUAAUUCAGAAGAGACUAAAGUAGCCAGUAUUAAAGCUGAAAUAAUGGCAAAUAUAAUCAUUGAAUUAACUAAGAAAGGUUAUCAAGUGAAAGAUCCUGAAUAUGUACGUUAUAAUUAUGAACAUAAAACAUUUUCACGUAAAUUGAAAAUAAUGGACAGUCAAGUUGUUGAAUUACGUCAAGUUCCAUGGACUGCUACACCAGCUACAAUUGCUCAUUAUUUCACCGGUCUUAAUGUGCAUCCUGGUGGAGUAGCCAUUCGAUUGACAGAUGGACGACGCAGUAAUACUGCUAUCGUGGCUUUCAGUGAUUCGAUGAAUGCUCAACUUGCAUUAGCGAGAAAUCAACAUCAUUUGUGUGGUUCGUUGAUGACAGAGAUUGCAAAUAAUACAUCGGAUGUGCAUAACACGUCAUCAUCAUCGUCGUCGUCCUCAUCGAACAAUCAUGUUACAAACAACAAUAAUCCCACCAAUCAAAGUUGUGCUAAUAGUCGGAGUGAGUGUUCGACUGAUGGUAUUCAACAAGUUAUAAGUGGUUCAGUGAAACCGAUGUACUUGCAAAUUCAUGCAGCUUCAGGGAAGGAAUUUGUUCAGUGUGCUGGAUGUGAUCAAGAAUCUGUUAUAAACUUUUUAAAUCAAUUAACAAAUGGUGAACAAGUUGUAGUACGUGUACGUGGUCUACCAUAUACAACAUGUAAAAAACAAAUUAUUGAAUUUUUUAAUGUUGUACAAGCACCAAUUAUGUUAAAUGAACAAGGAAUUUAUUUAGUUACUUAUCCAGAUCAACGACCAACUGGUGAUGCAUUUAUAUUAUUUUCUAAUGAUAAUAUAGCAACUAAAGCAUUAACACGUCAUAAAGAUUAUUUAGGUGAUAGAUAUGUUGAAUUAUUUAAAGCAUCACCAUCUGAAAUGGUUCAGGUUUGUCAUAAUGUAACACUAUUUCAAUGCUCAUCAUCUGGACAGAAAACACAUUCAGCUUUAUCAAACAUUCAAUCUAAUGGAAUCAUAGGUGUACCACUAAUAAAUGGAGGAACACAAAUCAACUGUUCUAAUUUAGUCAAUUUUGUAAACAAUAGUAAUACUAACAGUAGUAAUAACAAAGAAAUUUAUUUAAGCCCAGCUCUUACACAUUUGAAAUCGGCUAUCAGUACUGGAGCCCUAUCAAAUGUACAAAAUUUAUGGAAUUCUGGCACAAUCCCUUUGGGUUUACCACAUAACUUAUUAACAUCAAGUGGAACUGGUUUAAACGACAAUGUAUUAUUAAAUAAUACAUUAGGAGGUAUAUCACCAUCCGUACCAAUCAUUUCACCAAACAAUCCUUCAGUUAAUCUUAAUCUUUUACCAAAUAUAGGCGUUACAAAUUCACUCAUACGUGACCUAACUGAUCCAACAGAUCCUGACUGUCCAUUUGCAAGACCAAUGCCAAUUGGUGGUGCAUGUGCUAUGGUUCAGUUGAAUGAAUUGCCCAUGGAAACAUCCAGGCAUGAUAUUCGAUUGUAUUUGGGUCCAGCUAAUUUUGCAAAGGUUUAUCGUAUGAGAAGGAUGGAAACUAUUUCAAACAACAACAACAACAACAACAACACCAUCAACACCAACACCACAACCACAACCACAACCAUCAACAACAACAGCAACAAUACAUCAUCAUGGUUAUUAUCAUUAAAGAAUACAACUGAAGCUAUACAAUUUAUUCAUGAUUUAAUUAUUAGACCAUUUACUAUGAAUACAUUAUAUAGAAAUAAUCCACAAAUUCAAGUAUUAUCAAAUAUUCCAACAUUUGCAUUAUAUCAUAUUGAUUAUAAUGGUAAAUUAUCAAUUAUUGAUUUAUCAGAUAGAACAUUGAAUAUACCAAUACAUAGAAUACAUAUGACAUCAUUAUUAAAAUUUAAUAAAUUCAAUUAUUCUAAUAUCAAUGAAUUAAAAUCAACAAUAAAAUAUCCGAUUAAAACAAAAAUUGAUGAUCAAAAUAUAAUAAAUACAAUCCCUUCAACAAUUCCAUUAAUGGAUCCAAAUUUAUCUAUAAAUUAUACAACCUCAUUGAUAAAUCAUAAAAAUCUAGAUUAUUAUAUAGAUUCAAUAUUAAAUCAUAUGAAACAUUCUUCCAUGACAACAACAAAUUCUGAUUAUGAAAAUUUAUUCAUCCCAUUUAAUAAUAAAAAUAAUUUAAAUAGUUUAUUCAAUAAUAAAUUAUUAUUAUUAUUAUAUAUAAAUAAUAUGAUAAAUAAUCAAUCCAAUUAUAAUUUAUCUCAUUUAACAUCAUCUAUAAUUAUGUUAACUGGUUUACCAAUUGAUGUAACCAAUGAAGAACUUGAAUCAUUAUUUAAACCUAUUCAAUAUUUAUUAAAGGCUCAACCCUACUUUAUACCAUUUCAAUAUCAUACAAAUGGAACAGCAAAUUUUUUAGCAAAUUUUAAUAAUCCAUUAGAUGCUCAAAUUGCACUACAUUAUUGUCCAAAUGGUAGUUUAAGAUCAAAUAAAUAUAUAAUAGGAGCAGCUUGUUUAUUACCAACAACACAGUUAACAACUAAUAUAAACAAUCCUAAUUACAUAACUUCAUCGUCAUCAUCAUCAUCAUCAUUAUCAUCAUCAUCAUCACCACCAAUAGUGCCUAUCCAUACAACUAAUAUGCUAAAUACUUCAAGUAUCUUAAAUCAUGAUUUAUUAAAUUCAGGAAUUUUUCUAUUACCAUCAACAACUUCAACAAUUCAACAGAAUAGAUUACAAUUUCAAUGAAAUACAAUAGAGAGACAGAUUUUCUUGUUGCUUAUACAACGUUGAC